GGGAAAAGAAGAGGAGCAAAAGACUCUGUUUUGUAUGGUUUGGGAAUGGCGAUGGCAAUGGCGUUGGCAACGGCAACUGGAACAGUGGAAAGUGUUAGCAGCAGAUGGAGCAUGGCGUCUCUGAGGUCGGCGCUGCCUUCAACACCAGAUAGGUGUACGGCUUCUGCAUCCUCAUCUUCUUCACCAUGCGGGCAUCGGAGCCUGCGCCUCAGCGUCAGCCUCAACCAGUCUCUCCACAAACCCCAAUUUGGGUCCUUCACUGGUCUCUCUCCCCUAAAUCCCCUGCUCUCGCUUGGCCUCUCCGAGUAUACAAGUUUUGAGCAUAACUUCACCAUUAUUGAUAAUGGUGGCCGAAUUUUGGCAAUGAGACAUGGCAGGAAAGUCCCUAAGCUCAACAGGCCUCCUGACCAACGGAAAGCACUUCUGCGAGGCCUCACUACUCAGCUCCUUAAACAUGGCCGCAUCAAGACAACUCGAGCAAGGGCAAGUGCAAUGAGGAAGUACGUUGACAAAAUGAUCACACUGGCCAAGAAUGGAACCCUUCAUAAGAGGAGACAGGCUCUGGGCUUCAUCUAUGAAAAGCAGAUUGUCCAUGCCUUGUUUGCGGAGGUACCUGACAGAUAUGGGGAAAGAAAUGGUGGUUAUACAAGAAUUAUUAGAACACUGCCAAGGCGAGGGGACAAUGCACCCAUGGCAUACAUUGAACUUGUGUAGGUCUGAAAAAAUCAUGUCAAUUUUGAACUUGUGCGGGUCUGAGUUCGUGUCGAUUCUAAUUUAGACAUUGGUUCCAAAUCUUUUCCUUUUGUUCAUCAUGCUGGGAUUGCAUUGUAUGAAUAGUUAAUGGCUUUAAAUCUUAAUCAGAUAUGCAUUGCAACCGUAUAUUUGAGAUUUGAA